AUGCAAAUACCAAGAAAUUUUCGUUUAUUGGAAGAGUUAGAAAAAGGUGAAAAAGGAUUUGGGGAUGGCACGUUUUCUUAUGGACUGGUUGAUAUUGAUGAUAUGAGUUUAUCGAAUUGGAUUGGGACGAUAUUAGGGCCGGCACAUAGUGUUUAUGAGAACCGGAUAUAUAGUUUAAAGAUAUUUUGUGAUGAAAUGUAUCCGGAUAUGCCACCGGUUAUUUAUUUUUUAUCUAAGAUUAAUCUUCCAUGUGUGAACCCAGAAACGGGACGAGUAGAACCGGAGCAAUUAUCAUGUCUUUCAAAUUGGAAACGAGACCAUACAUUAGAAACCAUAUUAAUUGCGCUUCGACGUGAAAUGGGGUUACCAAGUAACAAGAAGUUACCUCAACCUCCGGAAGGAAAUUAUAUUAAACAAAAUUUUUUCUACACAAUGUUAACAACAUAUUCUGAUUUAUCAAAACAUAAGCAUUUGGUUUUAUCUUUAUUCAAACGACUUUUAUUCUAUGCAAAACGUCUUCCUAUUAAUUCUCAAGAAAUAUGUAUUAAUCUUAUUAAGGAUAAUUUUUCAAGUAUGAAAACUAGUAAGAAUAUAAAAAAAAAUAUUGAUGGAUUGAAAUAUGGAUAUCAAGCAGAACGAAUUCUUAAAGAAGCAGUGAUUUUAAAGAAUUCAGAAUUAUUAGAAAGAUUACAAAUCUAUUUAUCUAAAUAUAAAUCUAAACAAGAUAAAAAAAAAUUAUUCUUGAUAAAACUAUCAAAAAAUAAAAACUAUUCUAGACUUUGUAUGAUCUUGACUAAACGUAUUCGUACUUUUCAAAAUCUUCAAGAUCGUUUAACUAAACUUAAAGAUUUUUUAUUUCAUGCUCAACAUGAACAACAAUUUUAUAAAAGAUUAGGUAUAUCUCAACAAGGAUGGACAUCUGAACUUGAAACACAUAUUGGUAUACUAAAUAUUCAAUUAUCAUUACAAACUAUAAAAAAAAUUAUGUUGAAAGCUCAAUUAAAGUGUUAG